AUGGCAGCAUCUUCUACCGUGCUUACACGAGAACCAGGAGGGCCCACGAUUGAAGAAGUGGACGAUGCUGAUCUGAUGCCUGUAUCCCCUCCACCCGUGGUAUCGAGCGAUCCACCCAUCAAACCCGCUUCCAUUCCCCAGGACCACACCUUUCCCUUGACCGAGAAUCCAGGUGUCUUCAGCGCUAUGAGCGAAGCACUGUCCGAGUCUGGCAACGAUCGAGAGCACGCUUUCAACGACCUGUGGCACGGUUUCAGCAUCGGUGGCAACGAAGUCGUCGUGGAUGUAUCGACAAGUGAUGAUACCAGCAGUCUAGAUGGGAUCGGGGUUGGACUGAUGGACGAGGAGCCUCUUCCCGGUGACGAUGCCGAUGAAGACGUAUCGCUCGGGCUGACUGAAUCUGCUCUGGAUGCCGAUGGACCGGCCGGCGUUGGUACCUAUAAACACCAUAGGCUACCAAGCCCAGAGUCUCCCUUGUACCCAUACCCAUCUCGAGCUCUUUUUCUCACUGCAACAUUACUCAACUCGCCCCGACUGUGUUUCUCGAAUGCUCAAAAGGAUGCUAUACUGCACUUCUGCCGUUGCAUGGGUGGCAAUGAUGUUCCGACCUUGUCGGCGCUAGAGAAGUGUCAGAAGCUGAUCGGGCAACUUAUCGGCUCACCAACUCAACAAGCUAUCGGCGGGCAGACGGGCUCGGUCUUCUACAAGAACAAUCCUGCUGCCGCACUUGCUAAGGACCAUGCGAACCCGAUAACACGCCACGCCAUGAUUGAUCACCCCGUGGACCGCGGAGGCGCCAUGUCGCAGACUCAUGACGCAGACAAAAUGCUCAUGGAGGCGCCAUCACAGCCUUCUGUGGAUGUGGCUGGGACGAUCUACUUCGUUGACGAGUUGCUCCGUCUUCGCAACGGGCGACUCUUCAUCCCAGAUAGAUUUAUCUACAUGAAUCCCUCUCCACAACCAGCAGAUGCUGACCCGCGAACUUGGGAAUUGUAUGCGAUUGGGAGAACGGCCGCUCAAACUGAGCUUGGUGUCGCUGUUUCGGACUCGCAGACUUUUGUUAGCACUUCCGAGUUUGCGACAGGAUAUGAAGCUUUGAGAGACGAGCUGAGACCGAUCUCCUUCGCCCCAUCGUCGGUGUGUUAUGGGAAACGAAUGCCGAACGACCUGUGUCGCAUCUCACGCGGCCGUGUCGUCCAACGUGUGCCCGUCAUCUUGUUUGUCGAUGAUUGUUCUGCGAAUAUCACGACACAGUGGAACAAGAACCAUGUUGUGUACAUGUCAAAUGCGUUGCUUCCUCGCGAAAUGCUUGAUAAAGAGUUCAAUGUUCGCUUCGUUUCGUCCUCUCCAUCUGCAACACCGGCCGAGCUCACCCGCGCCGUUAAGUCAUCUCUCGAAGAGGCUGCUAAAGAGGGUAUCUGCACCUACGAUUGCAAGUAUGCGAAGGAGGUAGUCCUCAUACCAUGUGUACACCUCAUUGCGGGAGAUAACCCCAUGCUUGCUGAGCUUUUGAGCCAUGGUGGUCUGCGCUGCAAUAAGUUCUGUCGCACUUGUAAGGUCGGGGGAACCCAGAAGUACAAGCAAUCGGAAGCCGGAUACGCCAGUUUGUUCACUAUCGGGUUUGCGCAACGCACAGGUGGUGGUGCAUCUGUAGAGAGAUCCAUUAAGUCAACAGGUAUUCACGAUGCCGGCUCGAAGUCCCUCGUGAAUAUGCUAGUGUGCCUCGGAAAGGAUUUGCUGCGCGCGAGUCGACCGGGAGAUCCAGUUGCAGUCAAUCCUGCAGAGGAGCAGACAUUGCACACGCCUUUCGAUAUAGAUCCUGUGGUCGGUGAGGAAAGUGGUCAGAGGGAUGAGGAGGAUGAUCUUGCAGAUGUCCCACUACCAGAGCUGCCGCCGAAGACCCAUGCUGAUAUAGAGGAGCGCCUUCGGGCGGAAGUUGAGAAGCUCAUUCUCGACGAAGAGAUCAACCCACUUUUGGGCCUGAAAGGCUUCAACAUCCACAAGGACACACCCACGGAGAUCCUGCACACGAUCCUGCUCGGUGUCGUCAAGUACUUCUGGGGCCAAACGAUUUAUCUGCUCAAGCACGCCACUGACUCUAAUCUACUUCAUACAUUCCGAGCACGCCUUAAUUCCCUGUCCACAUAUGGCCUCAAUCUCACUACGAAUCUCUCGUCUGACUACCUUUGUCAGUACAGUGGAGGGCUUAUUGGCAAGCAUAUGAAGAGUCUCGCACAGGUCAUGCCCUUCUUGGUGUGCAAUCUGGUUGAUGACAAGCUGCUCCAUGCGUGGAAUGUCAUCGGACGGUUUGUGGUGCUUCUCUGGCACACAGCGAUCAAAGAUAAAGAGGCUUAUCUGGUAUGCUAUGACAACUGUUUGGACAGAACACCUAUUGACCCAUCACAGGCUGAUCUAUCUAAAACCAUUCACGACUUUCUCGAUCUUACUGCACAGUGUGCGCCGUCUAUCCUCAUCUCCAAACCGAAGUUCCACUUCCUGGUUCACUUGCCGGCUUACAUCCGCCGCUUCGGGCCUGCCAUCUUAUAUUCAACGGAGCGCUACGAGUCCUUCAACCGCGUCUUUCGUCUCACUUGCAUCUUCAGUAAUCGGCAAGCUCCGAGCCGCGAUACCUGCAAAACCUUCGCGGACUUCGAUGCUUUCAAACACAUCAUCACUGGUGGAUACUGGCGCAAUCCUGAUAAACCAUCGACCUGGGUACGGGCAGGACCUGAAGUCCGGCAGUAUUUCAAGGAGCAUCCGAAGAUGAAGUGCUUGUACAGUAUUCCAACCACGGUCAAGGGUUCUGCGAGCGGUAUACUUUAG